GUGGCCCUCGGAGAAGGAGGCUGGCACGCCAACACCCCCUCCCCCCUCCUUCUUGCUCUCCUCCCUCCCUCGCUCUCAGCAGGAAGAAGAGGGGUAGUUUCCCCGUUGCCAUGACGACCUCACAGCCCGCCAUCUCUGCCGCUGUCUCGCUGUUGCCACGGUGACCUCAUCCCGCUCCCCUCCUCCUGCACGACCGAGGGGAAGGAAGUCGGGGAUCGCCGCGCAGGCCGCUCCUUUCGGAUGGCCGACGACAGGAGGGCGGCGGGGACUCUGUGCGAGUGAGGCGGCCCGGGGAGAGCGGCGAGUGGCGAGCAGCGGCAUGCCCGUGCAGCAGAUGACGGUGGUCCCGGCCAGCGCCCCUCGUCCCAAAGACAGGAAUGAGGGCCAGACCAAGGUCCCUGGUCGCUCAGGGAGUCGAACCAGCAACAUCUCCAAGGCAAGCAUUUCAACAGCGGGACAAACGAACCGCUGCAAGACGUCCAUCACCCCGUCCUCUCAGGACAUUUGCAGUGUUGGUCAGCUGACCCCCGUAGAGGAGAAUGUGGUUGCUGAAUUGCCCAAAGCGAUCACCACCAAGAGGACGGUCCCCAUCACAGGGCGUGGCCCCUCAUGUGCGGCCCCCAAGAAGCAGGUGAAACGCCGCCACCGCCGCAAGAAAAGCAGCUUGGUCGCCUCCGACUGCGUGGACGGCAACGCCAGCCGCCAGCCCGCGGACCGCGGCGAGCGCAGCCUCAGCUCCGACCGCAGCGAGCUGGGCGAGAAGCGGGUGCGGCCCUCGCGCGGUCACCGGGAGAUGGCACCUCGCCUGCGCUGCUCGGCCGGCGCCUGCUCGGACUCCACCUCCUUGGACGAAGAGCCGCCCCGGCGGGCCCGCAGCUGGAGCAAGGAGAAGUGGCGGCGAGCGCGGCGCCGUAGCAAAGGCUGCGAUGAGGUGACGGAGGUGAUGGAGCUGCAGUCGGUGGGCUCCGACGAGUGGAAGGAGGAGCGGCCCAUGGAGGAGCGGCCCAUGGAGGAGCGGCCCCUGGAGGAGCGGCCCAUGGAGGAGCGGCCCCUGGAGGAGGACGGCCUGAAGAAACGCUGCAGCAGCGGUGGCUCCGUCAUCGGACACCGCGCCGACACAGAGGUCAAAGGUCGCGAGUCAAACAGCACAGCGGACAGCUCCUCGCUGGCGGAGGACGGCGAGGAGCCGAUCACCAAGGAGUAUCAGGAGGAAGUAUCGGGGGGCGGGGACAUGUCGGCGCCAACACCUCACAAGCUGUGUGGCGUGAAUGGUGGCGCGCCUCUCGUGUGCUCUGAUGAUUCUGAGAUGGAGGUGUGCAGGAUCUGCCACUGCGAGGGCGAGGAGGAGUGUCCCCUCAUCAUGCCAUGUCUGUGCACCGGCAGCCUGAGCUUCGUCCAUCAUGCAUGUCUCUACCAGUGGAUCAAGUCCUCCGACACACGCUGCUGUGAACUCUGCCACUACCACUUCAUCAUGGACACCAAGCUCAAACCACUGCGCAAGUGGGAGAAGCUGCACAUGUCCAAGAGCGAGAGGAGAAAGAUCGUCUGCUCCGUUUUGUUCCACCUGGUCGCCAUCAUGUGCAUGCUGUGGUCCGUCUACAUCCUGGUCAGGAGGACCACAGAGGAGAUCAAACUGGGGAAGAACGAGGAGUUAUGGAGGCUUUCUCUCCUGAAGUACUAUACUCCAGAGGGCGUGCUGGAGUGGCCCUUCUGGACCAAACUGAUCGUGGUGGCCAUCGGCUUCACGGGGGGCCUGAUCUUCAUGUACAUCCAGUGCAAGGUCUACCUGCAGCUGUGGCGCCGCCUCAAGGCCUUCAACCGCAUCAUCACCGUGCAGAACUGCCCCGACAAGAACCCGCACCGCCGCCCGCCCACCGGCCCCCGCUCCGCCAGCGGCAAGCGCGAGACGGCGGAGGUCCCCGCGGGCCCGGCGCCGGGGACCCACCUGGACUCCGACGCCUCCCUGGAGGGCACGGUGGCGCCCAGGCAGAACCCCGUGUGACCAAAUGAGGCCGGACCUGCAUCUGAGUGUUUGUCUCUCUCGCCGAUUGGCUCCAGGUGCCACGGAGUCCGAGGACCACUGGAGGCCGAGGACACCCAAAAAGGCUUGCAAGGACCAUUUCUGUCCUGCUUUUUGACACUUUUACUCUUUCUUUGUACUUUUCAAACUGUUCUUAAAGCACCUGGCUUUUUAGCUUGCUUUAAAAAACAGGACUGCCACAUAUUUUCUGGCAUCUGCUGUAGUGUCAGAGCCCUGUUGUGUUGAAAGCGAUUGUCAUGGAGUAUUUUUAUAUUAUCAGUUCCCCAAUUAAAAGGGGAAAUUACCUUUUUUUUUUUUAAACAAUUGUGUUUAACAUUUACAAUCCUUAUAUAAGACAAGAACACAUUCUUUUUUUUGGCCUUCUAACUCGUAAAUAAAGGCUAGCAAAAAUCAGCUAACAAUGUAGCUAAAGGGAAUCACUCUAUUCAUCCUAUAAAGCGCUCUAAAAACUACCAUUAAAGUUUAAUAUACACACUAAGUAUAAACGCAAUGUAGUCGCGGGCACAUUCAUAAUUAUGGUGGCCUGCUAAUAUCUCAGACGCAUCACAAUGUUCGCUAUUCCGUCAACAACACCACCACGACUACUUAUGGCACACUUCACGAGAGACAACAAAGACUACUUUGGGACAAAUGAUGAUCCAUGACCUUAGCCUGAAUAUAAGGAGGAUGAGCAACAAGCUGAGUGCUCAACAGAUCCCGUUUUAGUGAAACACUAAGCAAUAUGUAGCAGUACUGCUAAGUGCUAAACAAAAAAUACAAACUACCAACAUCAUAAAACAAUCACUUACUGUAUAAUUUCUGCUCUCACUGGGAUGCUAACUGAUGGGAUGUUUAUAUCUUCCAGUUUACAUGAAGAAUUCAUCAAAAUGCUCAUGAUUCUUUUUUUUUAUUUUUUUAAAUGUGGGCGAAAACAAGCGUUUUUUUGUGUCUCUCCUGCCCGGUCCAGGUCUAAGUUGACCAACUUCUCAAUUUAUGUCCACAACCUUCUACUAUCUAUAAAUCUAGAAUUAACUUUCACCAGCUCAGAAACGAUGCAGAUGCAAUACGUCAAUAUAGCAUCAUAAGCUAGUUAGCUCUCUGUGACCACGCCGCCACUAAAAGUAGUUCCUCAGGUUUAUCGCUCACAAUAAUAUCACAAAUACUUGGUGAGUAUUCAGGUCCUGACAUGUAGUACUGCUGGGUGUUUUUGUAGAGGGCUUUAUCAGCGCAAUACUGCACUCCCAUGUUAGCCACCUCCUACAUGCCGUAUUUUACGAAUUAGAAUGUAUAUGAAAGAAAAAAACAUGUUUUUGUCUUACAUUUGGAUUGUGAAUGAUAGGCUGAAUUCCAUAAAAAGUGCAGUUGCCCUUUAAUCAGCAGGUGUCUUGGUAACACAUGGCAUCUGUAAAGCUGAAGUUUACUGUGAAGAGUUCAAUGAGUGAUCAAAUAUAGCAGGAAAAUAUUAUAUUCAACAUAACAACCUUAUUAUUUGGAUUAUUGUUGGUGGGGAUUAUAUUUACAACAUUUUAUAUAUAUGAUCAAAUUGAUUCAAUCAGGGGUGACCGACGUGCACAUUUUUUAUAUUUUAUUUUAAAAAAUAUGACCAAAAAAAACAUUAAAGAGUGGAAUAAAAGAAAAAACUGGUGUAAGGUAACGUGAGAGUGUUGACAAUACUGACACUGAUAACACAAAGCUGCCAGUUUUUUACUUUAAAACUGUCAUUGCUCAAAACUUAAUAAAAAGUUGUAAUCAACGGAUAGAUCUGAAGUUGAUCUACAGAUUUAAGAGUUGAAAGUAAAAAUAAUAAAUACUGAUAUAUGACUUAUUUGAACAUUUAGGGAUUCCAGAGUCUUUUUGUCAGAUUUUUUUUUUUAAAAAGUCAUUGCUCAAAAAUAAUAAUAAACCAAAAUCGACGUUAUGAAAUAUUUCCCUAUUUAUGGCUCCAAUUACUUUACAUCAAAUAUUCCUAUUUUUUGGGCGGAGUGGGGGUAAAUAUCACACAUUUUGUGUUUUUCAUAAGAAAUAAAGAGGGCAUAAAGCAUAACACAAAUUUAACUUGAUAUCAAUGAUGGAUCUGAAGUUGACCUAAAAGUUCUUAUUUUUAACACUUGAAUGACUGAGACCCCUUUGAGUACCUAAGAGUAAAAAAAAAAAAAAAAAAAAAAAAAAAUUUUUUAAAUGGCCCCUGCAUGCUUUCAUUUUUCAGUGUGCGUCCUUCAGUGAAAAACCCGGACCACCCCUGGGUUAAAUGAUCUCGCAACUGGUACUCUCUGCGGUUGAGUAACAAACCCCACUAUCCACAAUAUUGGGGAAUACAAAAGUUGGCCUUGAAAACAAGAAAAAAGAAAUAUUUAUUUUCUGACAAUCUUAUCUUCUUUCUGGAAAAUCUACAAUGAAUCGUGUGAAAUCAUGAUUCUGAUGUUAAUAAAUACAAUCUUCGACUUAAAAAGGUGCUCGGGUGAGAAUGACGACCAUCAUUUUUAGCACUUUUCUAACAGGAAAUGACUUUUUCCUAUCUUUGACGGGAUAAAGAAUAUUAAUGUAAUAUUGACGUUACAGACUCUUGUUUGUUUGAGGAAUAAACAGUGAAAGUGAAAGCUUGUCUACCUGCAGUUAGGUGAUUGUUGUACAUCUGGCGCCAUCUGCCGGUUAAAAAUAUACUGCACCACUCGAAAUGUCCUAUUGACUCAGAAGGUGUCUCCAAACCUGAAGUCAACUGGAGUCAAGAAGACAUGUGUUCCUUUUCAUCUGGCCGCUCCUCAUCGGACUCUUCUUCCUCUUUUUGGAUUUCUUCUUCUUCUUCUUCUUCUUCAGCUGCGUCGUUCUUCUCUCCUUUGUUUGUCACUUCCAAGCCUCGGUUUGAAACCUUCCUCAGUUUUAUAUUUGGGAGUUUCUUCAAGUCUCCCGUCCAUUCCCUGCAUGAAAGAAGACUGUUAGGAAACUGUGGCGCCCCCUUGAGG